AUGUCCGAUAUCUAUACCGUCAAGAAACUUGUAGCUUUUCGAUACAAUGGGAAGACCCCAGAAUGGCGGGUGCGGUGGAAGGGCUACGGCCCCAAGGAUGACACGUGGGAGUCGAGGAAGAAUCUGCUUAUGGACAGCAGAUUCGCCUUCAAGGAUAAGAUGGAGGCAAUGGAGAGGGAAUACUUGGCAAAGAGAGCGCGAAAAAAAUCCCUAAAGAACAGCAGCCAAGCCAGUGCAGCAAAGAGGAAUAACGCAGUGGAAACCGGAACAUCCACAGGUCCAAUUGUAGUGCACGAAACAGAUGCUGCGCACGGGACAACCAGCAGUAGCAGCAGCAGCAGUAGCAGCCGGCGUAGCAGUACAAGCAGCAGCAGCAGCAGCGACAGCAGAAGCGCCUCGGAGUUCAGCUGCCCAAAGGAGAGCAGCAGCAGCAGCAGUAGUAGUAGUAGCAGCAGUAGUAGUGGUGGAUUCGUGACAGAUUCAGAUGAAUCCAUUCGGGGUUCUGUUAAUUCUUCCUCACGUAGUCCUAAGAGGCCCAACAGAGCGAAACCUAUCCGCACAAGGCGGCGGUGUAUAGAGAGCUUGUUGCAUGGAGGGAAGGGAGGGCACGGCCCUCAGUCUCCUGAGGCAAUAAAUCCAUCAGUCCGUGCUCCUCCUAUUGAUAAGGGGGCAGGCAAACCCUCUUCACACCCGUGGGGUAGUGGCAAGGUAGGUGCGGGGCCCCCCGCUGUAACCCCACCAUAUGCGCAACAGGGGCCCCCAGUUGCUUCAUUUGAUACGGCACAACACGGGGGCUGCGUGGGGGCCCCCCUAUCACCACGUAGAAGUGCAGCUGUGGGUACUGGGAAGAAAUACAGGCGUUUAAGACUAUCGGGAGAGAAAGGGACGGUAAGGGGGCCCCCCGCUGGCGGCCGUUCGGAUGCCUCGUGGGGCCCCUCGGCCCCCUCUAGCUCAUGGAAAUCCUCUUCGGAAACUGAUACAGCAGGGGCCCCUCCUGUUGUUGAGGUCACGGGAUUUACUGUGAGUGCACCGAGUGAUGACGAUGUGGGGCCCCCGUUCUUGCAGGGAGGGGCCCCUGUACAAACUGGCCAGGGGUUUGGUGGUGGGCCCCCCCCGGGACACAACGUGCAGCAGCAGUAUGCUUUGCCGCCACCUACGGGAGAGGGGCCCCCUGUUUCCUCUUCGUUGUUUAUCACCCCUAUAUCCUACAACACCCCAGCUGGGGGGGUGGCGAUGACGCCUGCGGAGGCCCCUGUUAGCGCAGUAGGUGAAGGGAACUGGGCCCAGGGAGGGCCACAGGGGCCCCCUAGUGCAGAGGUUGCAUGCACGCCUUUUAGACAGGAGGCUGCUCCAGCCUCUUCUUGGGAAUAUGGUGGGGGUUUCCAGGGGCCCCUGGGGAUGCCGACAGAACAGGUUCCCCCGGGGCCUCUACCAUUAGAGCAGGGGCCAGUGCCCUGCAUGCAGGGGGCCCCCACAUCCCUGGUUACGCCUGAUGAGUGUUGGCCGGGGUCCACCAAUGGUACUAUGCCUGUUUCUGGAGGGUCUUCUAGUAUCCCGACAAUGGGGGCCCCCCCUCCUGCUGGGAUGAGUAUGUCAGUUGCAGCAGCAGGACCAGCACCAUCAACAGGAGCAGCAACAACAGGAGGAGCAGGAGGAGUAGGAGGAGCAAUAGGAGAUGAGGGUAUGUGGGGUACAGGGGAGAAAAUAAGACAGCAACCUAUUUAUAGUCUAUGGAGUGUAAAUCCUUGGGGAUUCUCUCAAGGAUUAGUAAACAAAUUUCCUUGUGAGAAUAUUUUUCCUGGUCGUGUUCGUGUAUUAAAGAUUGUUCGUGGUGGGGAGGCAGCAGGAGCAGCAGCAGGAGCAACAGGAGGAGCAGGAUUAUCAGCAGGAGCAGGAGAAGAAGGUGGUAGUAGUGGUGGUGGUGGUGUACGUGGUGGGGUUGUACACUAUAUGAUUGCUGCUGCUCCUGGGGUUCCUGCUGCAGACCCUAACAGGAACCUUUGCGGCACCUGCUCUAUAGCAGAGGCACGCCGCUUCUGCCCGGGGGCCCUCUGUGACUAUUUGUUGCGUAAGGCCUUAUUUAGGAACGGAGAGAAGCAAGGAGGGCAGCAACAGGCACAAGAACAAAUGCACAAUAUACACUCUAAGGGGCCCCCUAGACAGCAGCAGCAGCAGCAGCAACAACAACAACAGCAGCAGCAGCAACCUGUAAGUCCUGCCAGACAACUCCUUCCUAUUGAGAAUGCAGACAUGCGAGACACUGCAGCAAACCCUCAGGAUAGCAGCGGAAGCUACAUAGGUGCAAACGUCUGCAGCAGCAACGGCAGCAGCAACGGCAGCAGUAACGGCAGCAGCAACGGCAGCAGCAACAGCAGCAGCAACAGCAGCAGCAACGGUAUCUGUAACGGCAGCGACAGCAACAGCAGCAGCAGCAACGGCAAAGACGCUAUGGUACCUAUACAGUAUAACAAUACCUAG